UUUUUGCAGUCGAGUCACGACCACACUGGUCGCGUCAUUUCGAAGCGUUCGGAGUUUCGAUUUCGUGUUAAAAUAUACAAAACGAAAGUCAAUCGAUACUGAUCACCGGGAUAUUUAUGCACAACGAUUAUCGUUACGCGGAGAGAAAAUGCAGUGCUAAUUGAGUUGUGAAAAUCGAAAAAAAGCCGGCUCAGCAGGAGGCGAAAAACAUUUUCCAAACGCAUCAGAUGUAAAUGAGAUGCCGUCGCGCCGGCAGCAGAGGCCCAAGCACAAGCAAGCGAAACCACGCCGACAUCGCCUCCGGAAUUAUCAGGAGCCCCAGCAGCAUCUGAUUAUCAAGUGAAAAUAAAAGUAGAGCGAAAAUUCAAUCCGUUCGAUCCGUACAAUUCAUAAGUUGAUAGGACAACAAAGGGAGGGAAGCAAACUAAUUUAAGGGUAUAACGAGCGAGGGCUAUCAAAUAUCGAAUCGUUGCGGAGGGGGACACACGCCGCGCAUCCAAGAUGAAGCGACGCAACGCGGAUUGUGGCAAACUUCGGCGGCCGAUUAAGCGCAACAAAAUCACAGAGGGAAUGUACGGCAGCACAACAGUUCUGUACAUGAAGUUUCUGAUCCUUUGGGCCAUCGUGAUGGUGGCUGACUUCAUGUUUAUGUUCCGGUUUGAGUUCUUGUGGCCAUUCUGGCUGCUCCUCCGCUCCGUGCACGAUUCCUUUAAGUACAAGGGACUGGCAUUCUCCGUGCUGUUCGUGUGUAUAGCGAUAACGUCGGAUCUGGUCUGUUUGUUCUUCAUACCCGUUCAUUGGCUGCUCUUCGCGGCCAGCACAUAUGUCUGGGUGCAGUACGUCUGGCACACAGAUAAGGGGAUCUGUUUGCCGACCAUAAUACUCUGGAUGUUAUUUGUCUACCUGGAGGUGGGCAUACGAUGGAAGGACAGUCGCCACAUGCCGCACUUGGAUCUCUGCCGGCCGUUUGCAGCGCAUUGCAUUGGCUAUCCGGUUGUCACGCUCGGAUUCGGCUUUAAAAGCUACGUGGGCUACCGCAUGCGCCAGCGCAAGCAGCGCGAGGUGGCCAAGGACAACGAGUUCUACAUGCAGCUCCUGCAGCAGGCCCUUCCCGCGGAAGAGGCGGCCGAGGAGGCGGCUGCGGGGGCGACAGCCACAUCCAGCUCCGUCGUGGUGGCCAACGGGUCUGCCACCACAUCGGCCCUGGUCUCAACAUCCGGGGCAACGGCGGCGAACGGCAUUUUGGCCACUGCCACGCAAGCACAAAACCAUCAUGAGCAUCAUCACAGCGGCGGCGCCGGCGCCAGCAGCAGCAACAGCUCGAGCAAUAGUAAUCAUCACCAUCACCACCAUCAUAGCAACAGCAACAGUGGCAACAGCGGCAGCAACCACAAUGGCAACGGCGGUGGCAGCGGCGGCAAGGACCACGGAGCGAGCGACGGCACAACGGCGGCCUCAUCGUCGUCAUCAGCAGCGGCUUCAGCAACGGGAGCCGCGUCAGCUGCUUCGUCGGCACCCAACUCCGCGGGCUCCUCAACGUCGUCGUCGGCGAUGGCGGCGACGGGCAAACAGUCUUCGGCGUCGGCAGCGUCGUCCACGGCCACAACAGGUGCAGCAACCACUUCUUCCACUCCCGUCUCAGCUCUCUCUGCUUUGGCCGCAAGUCUGGCGAUGCAGCAGCAGCAGCAACAUCGUUCGGGGCCGCCAGCAUCCCCGGCCACUUCUUCUGCCCGUUCUUCCUCCUCCACUUCCGAGGGUGCCGAUGCUGACGGUUGUUGUGGUGCAACCUCCAAUGGUCACGCUGGUGGUUCAAGGAACCACCGACGCAGCUUAGACAAGGAUAAGCACCGCAACAAGGGUGACGCUGCUGAUAACGAGCACAACAAUGGAACGCGACACGGGGGUAAAAAUAGCAGCAACAACUAUCACCAGGUCGAUAGCGGCGCUGCCACAGCAACCACAACAGCAACAGCUACAUCAAGUAAUAGUAAGGAUAAGGAUAAGGAUAAGGAGAAGUCAGACUGGGAUAGUAGCACCAACUAUCCACAACAACAGCAGCAGGGGGGCAAGGAAAAGCAUGACAAAAAGGGUAGCAACACUGUUCCCAAUGGAAAUGCUAGUCACGUUGAAAUCGAGGAAACGGCCAGUGUGGAGCCAGCCCCACCUGCUGAAAAGGCGCCCAAGGGUCGACGUAAUCGCGGCAAAAAGGAUAACGCCGCAGCAAAGGACAAUCACAGCCAUCAGCAGCAGCUGGCUCAGCAACAAAAGGAAAAGGACAAGGAGAACACGGCCAACAACAACAAUAACGACGCCAGUUCGGUAUCAUCAACGGCCAGCUCCACAUCCAGCAAUGCCAUCGCGCACUUGGCCAGCAAGGUGGUCUCCAAGAUCUGCGAAACCUGCCUCAAACUGGAGGCUGAUGUUAAGAAAUACCGCGCUGAGAUUAGCCACAUGAAGCAAAUCGAAAACGAACUGCGACAGAAGCUGGACGUAAAUCUCACCAGCAAAUCAACGCUGCAGGCCAAGCAGAAGGAGUGCGACGAUCUGGAGAAGCGCAUCCAGGAGCUGAACAACGCGCGGCACGCCGACAUGCUCAAUCUGCAGACUGUGGAGCGACGCCUGAACGAGGAGCGCCGUCAGAAGCAAUCCCUCGACUCUCAGCUGUCCAACGAGAAGAAGGCUCGAAAGGUGGCAGAGGAGAAGGCGGCUCGGCCCGAGUGCAGCUCCCAGUGCAAGCAGCGGCGCCAGCAGAUGGAUGAGGAGCAGAAACGACUGCGUGGCGACCUCAAGCAGACGGAGGAGGGCAAGCAACUGGCCGUCGAACAUGGACGAAAAUUGGAACAAGAGUACCGCAUGCUGGAAGCGAAACUUCGGAAUCGCGAGUCUUCGCAGCCUGACCCCGAGAUGCUAUUAAACGCCCUUGCUGCCCUGCAGGACAAGAACGCAACGCUGGAGAAGAAUCUAUCCGCAGAGACGAGAGUCAAGCUGGACUUGUUCUCGGCUCUGGGCGCUGCCAAGCGCCAGAUUGAAAUAUCUGACAACCAUCGUCGCUCCAAGGAGGAUGAGGUCAUUGAUCUCAAGGCAAAGAUUGCCCAACUGCUGGCCGUGAUGCCAGACAACUUGUGCAUGAACACAGGCCCACACGGACCGGCGAGCAGCAUUCUGCGCAUGAACGACACGCCGCCACUGCAGUCGGGUCCCGGACCGUCCUCGCCCAUGCUCAGUUUGAGUGCCGCGCAGGAGUACCAGCAACAUCAGCAGCACCAGCAGCAUCAACAGCAUCAACAGCAUCAACAACAUCAGCAGCAUCAGCAACACCAGCAGCAUCAGCAGCAGCAGCAGCAGCAUCAACAGCAUCAGCAACAACAUCAGCAGCAGCACCAGCAACAUCAGCAGCAUCAGCAGCACCAGCAACAUCAGCAGCAUCAGCAACACCAGCAGCAUCAGCAGCAGCAGCAGGGUGGCAAUGGUCCCGUCUCCCAGCAACAAAUGGUGCCAGUCAGCGUGGCUGCUGCCUUGCAGGUUGCUGCGGCCAAUGCCGCUGCCGCCAACGGAAAUGGCGGCUCAACGCUGGAUCCCAAUGCUAGUGUGUACACGCCCAAGACGGGAAACAUGAUGGUGGUGUCGCCGGUGGGCAUGAACCCCAAUGGGGCGGAUGCCUGACGCCAACAGCAGCAUCAGCAGCAGCAGCAGCAGCAGUCCUUGACGUCGUCGUCGUCAUCGUCCUCGCACCUGCAUCUGCGACGACAAGUUUGAGAUUAUUAUACUUUAUAUGAACUAGGGAAAACAAACGCAAGCAACCGUCGCCACAGCAAACGAUGUGCAGUCCGAUAAGCGGUGCCGAAUCCAAGAAGUUUGCAUACAAUAUCUGAAUGUCCGUAAUAUGAAUAAGCAGUUUCCUUUACAAUUAAAACACCGCCACAGAAGCGCGCAGGCAGCACUGAUGAAUGCAGCUCAAUAUUGCUGAACAUUUCCCCGUCUUACGUUUUCAAAAUCUCCAAAAAAAAAAAAACCAGUUUCCUCAUUGAAUUUGGCAUUCCAAUUGAAAUUGUUCUUGAAGGCCUUAAUGACUCACUCCGAUUGAAAAUAUUCAGCUCAUUCAACACACACUCUUUUGAAUCGGCUGCCCCGCCAAUACACCAAACACACCCUAUACACACACAUUCAGUAUCUCCCUUUAACACGAAAAGUAAACGAUUA